AUGAUAAUGGCUACAAGUGCUAGUCUAUACCUAGCUUCUAGUACACCACCAUCGCUCAACAACACUCAUCUCGACCCGACCCACGGGAUGCAAGGACUUGUGUCACAACAAACACAGUAUCACCAUCGGAAUACGGAUUUACAGGAAAUUAAAUAUAUGCCACCACAACAUCAAAAUGGACAUCAUUUGAGUCAGCUUCACAACCAGUGGGGCUUACCGUGUGGGGAUUCCUGGGGUACCUCCGCGAUGCCCCAGCUUCAGGACAUGAGGGAUAUGAGGGACAUCAAGCCCAAUCCUCAGGUAACGACGGACGGGCAUCACGCGACACUACAUCACCGGCCGCAGCAACUUCACUCGCCCCACACAUGGCAUUCACAGCUAUCGUCCCCCCAUCUCAACCUCUCCAACGGGGGUGGCCAGUUACAACAAAUGGGGUACGGGGUCCCCAUGAAUGGGAUGCUGUCACCUCACCAACUUCACCCCGCCAUGAGGGACCCCGAGCAUGAUAUGGACCAACAUGCCCCUGGGUCCGAUGACGAUGCACCAUCUUCGGAUGAUUUGGAGGCAUUCGCGAAACAGUUUAAACAAAGAAGGAUAAAACUUGGAUUUACACAAGCGGAUGUCGGUCUAGCCCUUGGAACUCUUUACGGUAACGUGUUUAGUCAAACAACUAUUUGUAGAUUUGAAGCAUUGCAGUUGAGUUUUAAGAAUAUGUGUAAAUUGAAACCGUUACUUCAAAAAUGGUUAGAAGAAGCUGAUUCCACGACGGGAUCACCAACAAACAUUGACAAAAUUGCCGCUCAAGGUCGAAAACGAAAGAAGCGAACAAGUAUAGAAGUAACAGUGAAAGGUGCUCUCGAGAAUCACUUCAUGAAACAGCCGAAACCUUCAGCACCGGAAAUAUCACAUUUAGCAGACCAAUUACAACUUGAGAAGGAAGUGGUCCGAGUUUGGUUUUGUAACCGGAGACAAAAAGAGAAGCGAAUGACUCCACCCGGGCCCCUAGGUCCGAACGGAGAAAUUCUUAUGCCGGAACAGGGCUCUCCGGAAAGCCCCAAUGGGCCCGGAAGUCCCCUCUCCAAUGGGUCUAACGGACAAAUGGGGGGCAACUCUGGUAUGGGGUUAAAUAUGCCGGUAAGUUCGCCGUCUUUACCUUCUUCUCACGGACUUUCUCAAACUGGACACAUAGUAAGUCAGUUGAUGAGUGGCCAUCACCAACCACCACCCCAUCACCAUUAUAAUCCUCAAAAUCACUCGCCAACCCAUUGACUAGAGGACGUUCCGUUUUAGGAAAAAGGAUAACGCCCCAAGGAAUU